UGGCGAGGCUCCGUAUGUUCUACAGUAACCUGUUUGGAAGCAUAGGAUGCAGUUGUCACCGCGGAGCAUGCGCAGAAACCUGGCUACGUUUUUUUUCUCUCUCUCUCUCUCGAGCUCAAGGCAAGAGAAAACCAGCAACGGGAGACUCCUGAACACCCCUGGGAACAGCACUUGCAGUCACCGUGUCCAGCAGUGAACUCGCCGGCACCCCGACAUCCCUCUCCGGAGCCGGGGGGAAGUGAGAUGCGCGUCCUUGUGGCCACCGCGUCUCUCUCUCCGGCGCGCACGGAAAGGCGGCCGGCAGGAAUCCGGGCUCGCCCCUCUCGGUGUCCCCCGGCCUUCGCCGCCCCGUCCCCGAGUGCAGGCGGGAGAGGCGUCCUCGGGAGUGCAGGCGCGGGCUCCGGCUCUCCGGGGGCAGCUCCCUCUUUUGUUCCCCUAGACCUUGCCUGGCGUUCCUGGGGAUGGCGCGAGAACUCCCCGCUCCCCAAGCCCACAGCCGCGCGCGCGGGUCUCCCCCUCUGCCCUCCGGCCCAAGCUGCGCCCCCUCCCCAGUCUCCAGUGCGCUCUGGGCCCCUAGGGCCGCACGCCCCCCGCCCGGAGCCCAUCGGUUCAAGGCCAUUGAUCCACUUGUAGGGCUGCUCGCUGCCCCUCGCCCCACUCCCGGCCCCACCACCUUGUCCGCGUUCCCGGCCAGUGCGAGGGGCAUCCCGAGGCUCCAGGUGGCCCGGGCGGAGAGGCGGGAGAAGCGAUUGGAGCCGGGCGCCUCGAUGGGGUGCCCUGGGUCAGCGCCCAGAGGACGCGCUCCAGGGAAGGGUGUCAGGUCGAGCGUGCGGGGCUUUGUGUGUUUCCUGCUCUCCUUGAAAAUAAAACCGAGCCCGGCUGGCGAAGGAUGCGUUCACUCACCAUGGCGGUGCCGACCGAGAAAGCGGCCAUCAGACAGGCCAUGCCCCGGGGGCGGCGGCGGGGACGGGGCUUGGGCUGCGGGGCCGAGGCUGCGCUGGCUCCCGGCUCGGCCGUUGCGCUGGGUGCGGGCUGCGCUCCGGCUCAGGCGGGGAUCCGGCUCCGGCUCUGGCUCCGGCUCCGGCGCUCCCGGCCCCGCCCCGCGCGCGCAAUUGGCCGGCACCGAGGGGGCGGGCGGGCCGGCAGGUGCGCGUGCUCUUGUUUUGCUCCUGCGGGGGGCGGCGGACCAGGCGCCCUGA